AUGGAGCGCACGGGGCGGCGCCCGACAGCUGGCCAGGCGGAGCCCCGAGUUCCGACCGCCCGGAAACUGGCUCCGCGGAGCCUCAGCUGUCUGUCGGAGCUGGAGAGUGGCGUCGCGGGUCCGACAGCACGGCCCUGCCGGCCCCCGGGAAGCACAAGCGGCGCGCCGUCGGGGAGCGAGCGAUGCCCGCGGCCCAUCAUGGCACGACGCGCGCGCUCGCUUCCCAGUUCGCCCGAGCGCCGUGUGCCGAGCGGAAACGCCCCGGGGGCCGCGUGCCGGCCGGGCUGCAACCGGCAGCUCCGCGUGCGCUUUGCCGACGCUCUGGGCCUGGAGCUGGCGCAAGUCAAGGUGUUCAACGCGGGCGAGGACCCGGCAGUGCCACUGCACGUGCUGUCGCAGCUGGCCCUGGACGCGGACCUGUGCUGCAGCCGCCCGGAGCGGGAGUUCACACUGCGGUGCCUGGUGCCCGACUUCCCGCCGCCUGUCGAGGCCGCGGACUUCAGCGAGCGGCUGCGGCGCCAGCUGGUCUGCCUGGAGCGCGUCACUUGUUCCGACAUGGGCCUCUGCGGUACGGUUCGCGUGCGAAACGUGGCCUUCGAGAAACACGUGGCCGUGCGCUACACCUUCUCGGACUGGCACAGCGCGCACGAGGCGGCGGCGCGCUGGCGCGGGCCCGGAGACUCCGCAGGCACCGAAGACGUCUUCGCCUUCAGCUUGCCAGUGCCGCCCUUCCUGCUGGCCUUGGGCUCGCGCGUGCACUUUGCGCUGCGCUACCGCGUGGCCGGCUCCGAGCACUGGGACAACCACGACGGCCGAGACUACACCCUCACCUGCCGUAGCCAUGAGUUGUACAUGCCACGCGGCGAGUGCGAGGACAGCUGGAUCCACUUCAUCUGA